AUGACACACUUGGCAGUGGGACACGUGGCCAGGUCACAGUGCUCCAAGUCGUCAUUCCCCCACCACGACAAGUUCCGCUUCUCAAUCCCCACAAUGAAAUACAAAACCACCGCCAUGAAAGCCACGCCCGCAUCCAAAUCCGCCGACAAUGGACCUUUGCUUGAUGAAAAAGACGUGUAUGUAAAGUACCUGAUUCGUAGUUGCGGUAAUAAUGCUGACAGGAAGAGUGAACGAGAAAGCGAGCAAAGCCACGGGCAAAAGGGCCCAAAACGGCAUCUGAAUAACCUUUUUCAAGAAAACGCAGACGGCAAGCAAGACCAUAACUGUCAAAGCAAGAAGAAUGUAAAACUACCAACAAGGUAUAUCUUUGUACUUCUUCAUGAGUUCGGUGUGAAUAUCACUCUUGCCCUUUGA